AUGCUAGCCGAAACCACAUCCAGAAGCAACUCAUUCAGCAACUCAUUUCCUUCAAAUCUUCCCAUUUGUCUCCAAAUGCGCUCAAUUUCUCCUAAAUUCAUGAGGAAAGCGAAAGGAAGAAAAGAAAGACAAGACGAAAUGAAGAUAGAGCAGAGAAACAGAGAAAACACAUUCAAACCGCCGCCUCGUUUGAAUUGCCGCGUAGCCGCAUCUUCCACUCGAGACACAAACAGCUCCUACUCGCCUACAAAUUAA